AAACAGCAAAACACACCCGGUGCAGGUGAGGUGAGGUGUACGGAGGAUCUAUGGACGGUGGUGCACCCUAUAAUCCUCGUAUGGUGGAAGAUGUUUUCAGAGAUUUCAAGGGCAGGCGUAAUGGCUUGAUCAAAGCUCUCACCACAGACGUUGAAGAAUUUUUUCAGCGGUGCGAUCCUGGUGAGUUCUCGGGGUUCUCUUUUGGCUUUCUAAAUGGAUUUCCUAGUGGGCAGUGGGAAGUUGUUUUGCCGGCUGUAGAGCUGCCUCCAGAGCUUCCAGAACCAGCUUUAGGUAUAAACUUUACCCGAGAUGGAAUGCAAGAAAAGGACUGGUUGGCUCUUGUUGCUGGCCAAAGUGACGCAUGGCUGCUCUCUGUUACUUUCUACUUUGGUGUUAGAUUUGGUUUCGGGAAAGCUGACAGGAAGCGCCUAUUCAACAUGAUAAAUGAUCUCCCUACAAUCUUUGAAGUUGUAACUGGUGCUGCAAAGAAGCAAUUGAAGGAAAUAUCAUGUGUGACUAACGAUAGCAGCAGUAAAUCCAAGUCGAAAUCAAAAUUGGGCAAAAUACCCAAGGCAGAACGAGAGGAGGAGAGAGCAGAUGAAGAAGAUGAAGAUGAGGACGAGCAUGGUGACACUCUAUGUGGCGCUUGUGGCGAAAAUUACAGUGCAGACGAGUUUUGGAUCUGUUGUGAUAUAUGCGAGAGGUGGUUCCAUGGCAAGUGUGUGAAGAUCACACCUGCACGGGCCGAGCACAUGAAGCAGUACAAAUGCCCCAGCUGCACUACCAACAAGAGACCCCGCCCUUGACCAGUCAAACGUUUGAUAGACGUGGAUUAAUUAGCAUGUCUAAGUCUCUUAAUUAGAUGUAAUUGUCUAAGUCUCUUAAUUAAUUAGCAUGUCGCAGUCUCAGUCUCAGUCGGACUUUGCCUUCCCUUUAAGAUUUUAAGUGUUUUGUGCAGCAAGUUGGUUGAUUUUGCAUGGCAGGUAGAGUUGGUUCUUGUUAGGGAUGUAAUUGUUGAUAACUGGACAAUUAUGAGAAAAUAAUGAGAAAAGUUCGUUUUGGCUUAUUGGCUAUCUAAAUUAUAGUAUUUGUUUUU